AUGGACCGUCUACUCGGUACUACGGCUCCGCCAUGGUUGAAUAAUCCAUGGAAGGAGCUAAGCUGCCCUUGCUGCGCCAAAAAAGGCACCAUCAUCUCCACCACACCGGCGGGCAGGCAGGCGGGCGCGCAGGUGCGGUCGGAGUUGCGGUAG